AUGGCUUUAUCCGAGCAAGACUUUGGAAUGCUAGAAGGCAAGAGCGAGGAGGUCACGCCCCGACAGAGAAAGAACGACGAUGCUCUCAUACGGAAACCUCAGACAGCUGUUGCGCGCAACAUUAGCGGACGCACUACCAAUUCCAACCCACGGACAGAAGAUAUACAAGACGACCAUCCCAAGACUCUGUCAUCAACAAGAUGUCUCUUCUGCCCCUCUUCCUCUCCCACUCCGACCACAAAUCUAGACCACAUGUCGACACAGCACAGCCUCUUCGUACCCACGCCUUCGCAACUCUACUCGCUAGAGUCUUUUCUCUCGUAUUUGGCCGUUCUGGUUUACAAAUACCACGAGUGCCUCUACUGUGGACAAGAAAAGGGAAGUGUGGAUGCUGUGCAGACGCAUAUGCGAGACAAAGGGCACUGUAUGAUUGAGAUGGCUGAGUUGAUGGAUUUCUGGGAUGAGGAGGUGAAGGAGGAAGGUAGCGAGGAUUGGAAUUACAAGAUGCAGGCCGAGACGCAUCUACCAUCUGGAUUGGCCAUUAAUCCCCGGUGUAGCAAUAGCGCAGAUGAGACGUCAUCAAGAGCUGCCAACCCAACUCUCACACCUUCGCAGCGCCACGGUCUAAGACACCGAAAUACGAAACCCGCCAUUACUGCCGCCGAAUCCUCAUCCUCCCAACAACCUCCUGCCACGCAUUCACAGCCCGGUCAUCUAUCUUCAUAUCACACCAGCACUGAUCCCCACCGCAACUUCACUAACACCCCGCGUACGGCAAAAGGUCUGACCGGUCUGUCCAACCAACAACUCCGCACUCUUCAGAUAGUGGAUAUGAAAAUGAAGAGCAGAGAGGAAAGCGCAAAGGCCAAGAGAAGGUAUGCGUCCCAACAGCAGCCGGCCAAGACUGUGUAUUAUAAGACCGAGAACCCUGUGUAUCAGGCUGGAUGA